AUGGCCAACAAGAGCAACCUCUCGGCAGCCGAGCUGGCUCGCUUCCCCGCAGACAAGCUCAUUCCCAAGGAUGAGACAGGCGUAACCGACUUUCUUCGUGCCCGCCCCGACUACGAUGGCCGUGGCAUUCGCGUUGCCAUCCUGGAUACGGGCGUCGAUCCCGGUGCCGUCAACCUGCAAGUCACCUCGACUGGAGCUCGCAAAAUUGUCGACCUUAUCGAUGCCACUGGCUCUGGCGCCGUCGACACGGCUACCGUGGUCCAGCUGAAUGAAGAUGGCACCCUCAAAGGCGCCUCCGGCACCGUGUACACGAACGUCCCCGACGCCAUGCGUAGCCGCGACGGAUCUUAUCGAGCUGGCUCAUUUUACCUCCAUAACCUCUACACCGGAGGUCUCCGCAAGCGCAUGGAGGCGUGGCGUCGCAAGGACUGGGACAAAAACCAUGGCCAGCUCCUGGCCAAUGCCCGCAACGCUCUUCGCAAAGCACUCGCUGUCGAUGCAAAAGAUCAAGACCGAGCGCACCUUGAAGAGUUGCAGGGACGCGUCAAGGCCCUUGAGACACUGCAAACCUCUUAUGAAGACAAGGGUCCUCUCUACGAUUGCUUUGUCUUCAAGAGCAACGAGGAUGAGCAAUGGCGGGCCGCUGUGACCUGCACUGAGGAACCAAGUUUGAUCGCCGCGAAGGUUAUGCGCAACUACAAUGUGGCCUACGAGUAUGCGGCUUUUGGCGAGCAAGACUGUUUCAACUACUGCUUCAACAUUGCCGAAGACGGCAACGUGCUCACCAUCGUCACCGACUCGGGAUCCCACGGAACGCACGUGGCUGGCAUUGUAGCCGCCUUUGAUCCAGAGAACCCAGAACGUCAUGGCGUCGCCCCCGGUGCUGAAAUCGUUGGCAUCAAGAUUGGUGAUGGGCGUCUCGAUGCUAUGGAAACAGGCACCGGCCUCAUUCGCGGCGUUCUGGCUGCCGUACGAACUGGCUGCCAAGUGAUUAAUCUCAGCUUUGGCGAGGCUACAAGCGUCAUCAACGCUGGCCGCAUUGUCAAGGUGAUGCAAGAGGCAGUGCGGAAGCACAACGUAACGUUCAUCUCGUCAGCCAGCAAUAGUGGUCCUGCGCUCUGUACCCUUGGUUGCCCUGGCGGUGUCUCGGACCAUCUCAUUGGCGUCGGUGCCUAUGUGAGCAAAGCCAUGAUCACACCGCUGUACUCGGCUCACGACGAUGUCAAUGAGAACCCUUACACCUGGUCCUCCCGUGGUCCGGCGCCCAACGGUACACUGGGCAUCUCAAUCUGCGCCCCCGGUGGUGCCAUCACCAACGUGCCCCUGUGGAACCUCUACAGUAACCAGCUCAUGAACGGUACCAGCAUGAGCAGCCCCAACACUGCUGGUUGUGUGGCCGUGCUUCUCUCGGGCCUCCUGGCUGAAGGUCGCCGCUGGACCCCAUCAGCCGUGCGCCGUGCCCUCGAGAACACAGCCCGUCCCGUGCCAGGCUGCACCAUGUACGACGUCGGACAUGGACUGAUCCAGAUUCCUGGCGCCUUUGAACACUUGCAGCAAUACGCUGAUCUACCAGUCAAUGCCACCAACAUUAUCACCUCGGCUGGCUCCUUGCUCAACCAACGUCAGCACUUUCGAGGAGGACUUUACCAAACAAACCUUGCCAUUGCUCCUGAUAUGCAUGAUGAGAUCGACCCUCAACUCAAGAUCAACUACAACAUUAUGGCACGCCUCCAAACAACUGCGUCAUGGCUCAACGUGCCGUCAUCCGUCUUCUUGACGGCUGCUGGCAAGCUCGUGCCCAUUCGUUUGGAUACGGAGGCACUUGAGCCUGGGCUGCAUGGCACGGAGAUUCGCGUGUUUGACUCUGAAAACACUGCUUUCGGUCCCAUUGCUCGCCAUGCUGUGACUGUCUUCAAGCCCCAUCGCCCAACCGCCCCCACCGCGCCUCUCCAAUUUCCAAAGCUUCAGCUAACGGGUGGUGAUCUGCACCGCCUCUUUGUCCUGCCUCCCGAAGGCGCGGGAGCGUGUACCGUGCGUCUGACCCUGGGGCAAUGCGAAGGCGAGAAGCGCAUUGUUUUGCACAUGCUGCAAACUGUUCCGGACACGCCCUACUCUGCACACGAAAUGGAGCAAUACUGUAUGAUGCAGGCCAAUGAGUCGCGCGUCUUUACUCAGCGCAUCGUGGCUGACACAGUCAUCGAGGUGUGCGUUGGCCAGUGGUGGAGCCACAGCCUUCCAUCCGAGGUGGACGUAUCCAUCGACUUUCAUCCCCUUGAUGUCAGCCAGCAGACCGUGGCUCUCUCUUCAGGUGGCUCGGCUGCGCGCGUGAUGUUCGACAAUACAUUUGCUCCCUUCACCAUGAAACCUUCGGGCAAGCUCGAGACGUUGCGCAAGUCCCUUCGCCCCACACAACAUGCCAUCAUUUGCAAAAGUGGUCCGGAAAACACCAUGUUCAACGGCAAGCAAACACAUGCCUUGGAGCUGACCUACGAGCUGAAUCUGGCCGAGAAGGCCAAGGUCGUCCCGCGUUUAGCACAGCUUUCUGAGGUGCUUUAUGAAAGUGCCGCUGAGAGCCAACUCAUGGUCAUUCUGAACGAGAAAAAAUUUCCGGUUCUCUUUGCCGAUGCCUUUGGCCGUUACUCGACAGAGCUCGACAAGGGCAAGUACACCCUUCGUGCUGAGAUUCGCCAUGAUGACACGGCCUGGCUGGAAAAGUAUAAGGACUUGGCUCUCAACUUGGACAUCAAAAUCAAGGCUGUCGAUGUGGCCGUGGACAAAACCCCCGCCAUUGUCCAGGGUGGAUCGGUACACAUGCGCCUGCCCACUCAGCAGCGCACCUCUUUCUUUGUCGAGCCUCCGACCGAUGCCAGCCUGCCCAAGCUUGCCGAAGCGGGCGAUGUGCUUCUGGGCAAACUCUCGCUUCUGCCCUCAUCACAUGAAGCCUCCAAAUCAGUGUAUGCCAACCUGGUCUGCACGGUGGCACCGCGCUCCAAGAAGACGACUGAUGACAGCGCGUCGCUGCCAAAGCCCAAGCCUACGGAGGAGGACUCAGUUGUUGCCGACAAGCGCAAGGCACUUUUGUUGCUGCCCGUCGAGCAUCUUGAAGUGGUUAAGGAUUUGGAAACCGAGUUUGAAAAGGACCAAGCUUAUCUGACCCAACGCCUUGAGAAGCUUGGUGCAGUGACGGACAAGAACCGCGACUACGCCGAGUCGGUGGCCGACCGCCUCCUGGCAUUGCUGGACGAGGAUGCCAUUGCUGCCGGUGCCGGUCGACUGAGCAUUGACCCGACCACUCCCGAAGAAGCCAGCGCCGCCAAGAAACAGGCUGAUGCAAAGGCGAGCCUCAUUGCCGCCCUUCGCAAAAAGCUCGAGGCCGUGCUGUUCGAUGCAACCACCAACGGCAAAACUGAUCGUAUUGCCGAGGCCGAGGCUGUGCGCACACGCCUUCAAGGCUGGGUCAAGCUGUCCGACAAGGAGCAAAUGGCUGCAGAGGUGGCCUUCUUUCAAGCCAAGGAGCAACAUGGUCGCCUCUUGGAACGCCUCUUGCAGGAAGGCAAAACGAAAUGGUCCAAGGAGCAGGCGGACAGUGCCCAGAAGGCGGCUGCAGCUUUGGGGUGGGACACGCUUCAGGCCUCUUUGCAAGUGCCCGUGCCCAUUGAACGCUUGAUCAUGAGCUAGACAAAAGUUGCUGUUAACAGACGGUUGCUUAAUGAUGUUUGUGAUCCAAAUGACAAUGACUGAAUUCACAAAUUGAUGUGCCACAGCUGUUUGUGUGUGUGUUGCUUCGGGUAGGGGGGCCAUGUGAAACUGCAACAGGAGCCCUCGCGUGUUUUUUGCAAGGGUUAGCCUGGGGCAGUGGCGCGGAAGAGAGGCCCUAGCCUCUACUGUCGGCGUACAAAGAUGGCGUGCGAGUUCCAGUUCCAGACAUUAUCGUUACUGGAUCCCCAGUUGUGAGCAUUGAUGGCGUAGACAUCGUCCCCCGAGGCAACCCCAGCGUAGCCAGCGCCGACGCCGCCGCUUGUGACACAGUUCGUGGUUGAAUGGGGCUGUAAGACACCCCAGCCCACGACGGCACCAGCGUAGCCUGAAUAGAGGUUCCCGCAACCUGCAAUGGCUGUGUAAGAGGUGGUCUGAUCGGGUACAAACAUGCCAAAUUUAGUGUUGGCACACUCCACGUAGUAGCCGUUGUUAAUCGAGGUGCUAUCCAGGUUUGCAAUGCCACCAAAGAGCUUGGCACCAUU